AUGUUUAUGCGGGCGCCGGGCAGUACAAAUAUUAGUGGAAGCGUCGAAAAAAGCUGUCGAGCACUGACUCGGCAUCUCAAUAUAACUCAGCACAAAGGGGCAGGACCAUUUAUGCAACCUGUGGAUGUGGUAGGUCUUGGUUUGCACGAUUACUAUGAGGUUAUUGAGAAACCCAUGGACUUCAGUACUAUUAAAAGCAAAAUGGAGGCCAAGGAUGGUAAUGGAUAUAAGAAUGUUCGAGAGAUCUGUGCAGAUGUAAGGUUGAUAUUUAAGAAUGCAAUGAAAUAUAACAAUGAAAGACACCAAGUCCAUGUGAUGGCCAAAACUUUGUUGGAGAAGUUUGAGACAAAGUGGCUGCAACUCUUGCCAAAAGUUGAUGAUGAGGAAAGAAGGCAGAAAGAGGAAGAAGCAGAGAUGCAGCUUGCUCAAGAUGCUGCUCAUGCCAAAAUGGCCAAAAAUUUAAGUGUUGAGCUGGACAAUGUUGAGAUGCAUCUGGGAGAACUCAAAGAUAUGGUACUUCAGAACUGCAGAAGAAUGUCGACUGAAGAGAAGAGAAGACUUAGCAGUGCUAUUGCCAAGUUAUCUCCCAAUGAUAUCGACAAGGCAGUAGAAAUCAUUGCCCAGAGUAACCCCGACUUUCAAGCAGCCAGGGAAGACGUGGAAAUUAACAUAGACGUUCAGAGUGAGUCAACUUUAUGGAAAUUGAAGUUUUUCAUCAAAGAUGCCCUACAGGGACUGGAAGAAUUCACCAAGCAGCAAUGA